AGCAAUGGUUUUAGUUUAUUAACAAGUUUUCCUAACUGCUUACAAACGUGCAUAAGAAUCGGAACAGAAACGUAAGCGAGGAAUGAGCUACUUCCUGUUACGUGGACAUGGGGGAGUGUGCAAGUUAAACGAUGUAAACAACAACGCGAAGACGGGACAGCUACUGUUGGCUCCUUCAUCGACUUGACUUAAAGCAUCGUUGUUCCAAAUGAAAUAUUUUAUCUGAAUUUGGCUAACAUGAAUCAUCCAGUUACUGUCAAAGUGAAUUUCCGAGGGAACGUGAAGAAGUUUCCCGUUGUGGAUCCAGAGAAAGGCCAGUGGGAGACAGUCGAGGCCUGGAUUAAAACUACUUUCGGGUUAUGUCAUUUUCAAGUUAAAUAUUUUGACGAGGACAACGAAGAGGUAUCUAUAAACAGUCAAGAUGAGUAUAUGGAGGCUUUGAAGAGUGCAUUUAAGCAAGCCAACCAGCUUCACAUGAAUGUCUACAAGAUGAAGGGUCAGGCUGAGGGUGGAGCAGUUAAGGCUGAAGUUAAAGAACUUCGAAUUGAUCCUAGACCAGCACCGCCAUAUCGGGCCAGAGCGAAGAUGGCAGACAAGGAGACACAGGUUACCCCUGAGCGGGACUCGGUACUUGUGAAGGAAAACAAAGUGACCAAAGUUGAAGAGGAGGCUGUCCCAGCUUGGUUCAGAUCUUAUAUGGACAGAUUUAAAGACCAGGUAGUGAGGGAGGUGGUGGACAAGAUGUGUAGCGAGUUCUCUGGCCAGUGCUGCACACAUCGAGCUGAUCACCCCUCAGAGGAGCCCAGUACUUCUGGUACUCAGAUGGCCACAGUCAGUUCUACAACACAAAGAACGUCAAGCUCGACACCCAACUGCAGCAGCUGCAAGGGCCCUGCCACAGGGGGUGGAUAUCACUGCAGUGUGUGUCCCUCUUGCAUCUUGUGUGAGCCAUGUAGUCACAAACAUGACCCAAGUCAUCACUUGAAAAGAACAAGGACCCCUUUGUCUGUUCCAGAGCGUGGAGUAACUCCAGAACCCAGGUUCUUGCGUCGUGGAGACCGAACUGUACGCAAGGCUGAGCGACAGCGUCUGAAAGCAGAGCGCAGGCAGCUUAAGGCUGAGGUCAAGGAGAUCAAGAAGAAGCUGCGGCUGGAGAAGAGAGGUCUGCUGUGGAGUGGAGCCGCGAAUGGCACUUGCAGCGGAGGCCUUGGCCCCGCCCCUGGCCCUGACCCUGCUCCUACCCCUGGACCAGCUCCAGCCCCGGGCCCAGACCCUCAGUCCUCCAGUCCAGAGGGUCCCAAGGUCUUCUGCUCCACCUUGGUGCCCACAAUGACUGCCUUGUUUCUGGAUGAGAAUCUACCAGACGGCACAUGUCUGGAGCCUGGCACCAAGUUCAUCAAGUACUGGAAGAUGAGGAAUACUGGCAACAUCAGCUGGACCUCUGAGACCAAGCUCAAGUUCAUGUGGGGGAACCUGGCGCUGGAGUCAAGAGAGCAGAAGGAGGUGGCGGUGCCCUUCCUGAAGCCAGGCCAGGUUGGUGUUGUGAGUGUGGCGUUCGUGGCGCCCCUGCUCGAGGGCACGUACACCUCCCACUGGCGCCUGGCACACUGCGGGGUGCAGUUUGGCCCCCGGGUGUGGUGCAGCAUCGUAGUGGUGCCCAGCUCAGGUCAGAAACCUGGCACUCACGGCAGCAAACCCUUGAUUAAUAAACCCAGUAUGCUGGGGAUGGAGGGCAUGUGCUGUUCUGGCUCCAGAGCCUGUGAGAAUCAGGGGUCCUCCAGCUGUCAGCAAGAAUACUACAUUCCCUCUGUAGACCUGCUCACUGCCCAGGAUCUGCUUUCCUUUGAGCUGCUGGAUAUAAACAUUGUCCAAGAGUUAGAGAAAGUUCCAGCUAACACCCCAGUUGAUAUGACCCCAUGCAUGUCCCCAGUCCCUCAUUAUGGUCCCAUGUUUGGAAAGCAUGGAGCCAGUCUAGUCAAAGAGGACCCUGAACACACAAGCACAAAAAAACUGCAAGUGGUGCAACCCCAGAGGCACAUGGACAGUGUGGACCCUCAGGUCCAUGAGGAAGGUGAUGAUGACAUUAGUGGGACCCAGUUUGUAUGUGAGACUGUGAUCAGGUCCCUCACCCUGGAGGAGGAGCCCGAGCACAAACCUCGACUGCGGGCUCGAGCCAGCCACAGCCGGUCUGAGGUUCAUGACCCCAGCCCCUUUAAUGAGAGGUCUUUGAUGGAGAAGAUUGACAGACUACCAAUUGUAAAGAGGCCAGAAGCCCCUCCCCCUGUCCAACCACCAGUUAUAUUGGAAGAUUCCAUUAUCCCAGUCUUUUCAGAAACAGUGAUUGGUUCUAAUGAAAACCUGUACACUGACCCUGCUGCGCUGGAGGAAGAGGAAGGGAAAAGGGACGAGCAGGACAAAGAUGAAGAGGCAGGAGAGUGGGACGAGGUGAGCAGCCAAGCGUCCUCCGCCUCCUCGGAUGACUACAUCGUCGUCCUGCCAGACUGCUUUGACACCUCCAAACCCCUGGCGGACUCCAUGUACAGCUCGGCCAUGUCGCAGCCGGGGAACGCCUGCACCACAGAACCCGAGGGAGUGCUGGACCAAACCACUGCGCAGGGGGAGACGGUCGAACCAAAACCCUCUAUUCAGAACAGUGUGAAUAAGUUGCUGCGCACCUCUCAAAUACUCAACACUCCUCCUCUGCUUCCUGAAGUGGUAUCUGCACCUGUGUCUCUGUCACCACCCCCAAACCUGCGAACACACAGGUCUAUAAAACCGUGCGAGACUGGGAUUACACCACAGGGAGCUGAGGAGAGCAGGUCAUGUCCACCUGAAGACAAUGCAGAUGGGUUGAGAUCAACACAUGUGGAGGCCCCUGGCAGUGCCUUUGAGACCUGUGGCUCUCAGGAUGCCAGGCUCCGUCAUGGUGGCCUGACUGAAGGCCUGGUGAAGGGGGCUCUCUCAGUGGCAGCAUCUGCUUACAAAGCUCUGUUUACAGGCCAGAGCAGCUCUACGCAGCGGUCGAGUGAGGAUCCGGCGUGUGAGGAAGCCUCGCUGAUAGCUGUUCUCCAAGAGAUGGGAUUCAAUGACAAGCUACUAAACCAGAGGCUCCUGAGGAAGCAUCAGUACAAUCUGCUAGAUGUGGUUAAUGAGCUGGUGCAGAUGACCGACAAUGAGUGGUACAUGACGAGGCACUGAAGAGCACCACGGCAGCCUUCUCCAUAACGACAGAAACCUCGGCAACACUGACAUGGGAAGUGUUUGUAAUAUAUUCAGACUAGGAUAUUGCUCUCUGGAGACUAUACGAAGUGUGAUGUCAAGGGCUUGUGGUGUGCGGAAGGCAUAAUCUGGACUCUUAAAAGAGCAGGGUUCCCACAUUCAACUGACAAUAGGAUCAGCAGAGUGCUUACUCGACUGUAUAAAUUACACUCAUGUCUGUUUUUAGGAUAUGAAUGACAAAGCUAAGUAAUGGGUUUAUUUAUCUGAUCUAUUUUUCUUCAAGCUUAGUAGUGUCCUACCUACCCAGGCUCGAAUAUGCUUAGCAGUGAUGGAAUGAUGCAAGGACUGAUGAGAGAAAGAUUUGAAGGUAUCACUUGGUAGGUGAGGCUGCUUUUUAGAAAAAAUUCACAAUUGCAAGUCAGAUUGUAGGAUAUGUAAGAACACCCUCAGUAUGUCAAUUGCGCUUUGUCACAGUGACAUCUAUAAUCUCUUAUUCUGAAUUGCACUAAUCGCUGUAAUGUUAAACCAUGUGACGCAAGGGUGUUUGGUUUUUUCCCCAAAUCCAUUGGAAUUUGCAAUGGGUUUUUGAGUCAUGCUUAACAUAGCCAGUGAUUGGUCAAGGUUUAGCUAGGCACCAGUUGUUGGAUGUCCUCUGUGUACUAGCAGUGUGAUCAUUGAGCUAAUGGCUUGAGUAUAUGGCUCUUGGUGUCCAAAUAAAACAUUCCAUGUCAGUGGCUGAAAUUA